AUGCAGGUGAGUACUCGAUUCUGGGCUCGUCUCCGGCGGCGGCGAUUUCGCUUACCAUUGAAGGGAUUUGGCGUUUCUCUGCGAUCCCCCUCUUCCGUUUUCUUUCUCAGGCCAUCGAUAGGCUCACCAUCGAUUCGCAGCUCGAGCAUCUCCAGGCGGAAUAUGUAGGGACGGGGCACGCCGAUCUGAACAGAUUGUGAGCCUUUUCAUCUUCUCGCUCCCCCCACCAACCUGGAACAUACAGAGUCGGUCAGAAUUUUCUGGAAAAUGUGCGCGAACAUCCUCCGAUGUUCUUCAGUGGGUGGGCGGUGAAUAUCCAGCGAGACAGCUACGCAUCGUACAUCGGCCACUAUCCUCUCCUGUCGUGCUUUGCCUCGGCAGAGAACGAGUCCGUUGGGUGGGAGCGCUAUAAUUUCAUGCAGGUGAAAUAAGCUUCUCUAGUACCUUCCCUGCAAGCUAUCCUUUGACUACUGUUCAUGCUCACCAGUCGUUGUCGAAGCCGAGCUAACUUGAUGAAGCUACCCUUUGUGAAAUUUGCGCGAUUUUGAAUCUCGCGCAGCUCUUCUCCUAAAACUUUUAAUGGUUUCUUCUCCUUGGUUCUCUGAUUCAGGGCUCAGGGAUGAGCUCGUCUUGUGUGCCCUUCUGCUAGGUUAAGUGGGAUGCUGUCACACACAGCAAAGGCCCUUGCUAAUUGCUGAAAAAAAUUAUGCACACCCAUUUCAGAAUAUUUUCGGGCCAUUUUCUGCACCUUCACAUUUGAGAAAUUGUAUUCAUCUUCCCGUCCGAUUACUUUCAUCAGAUUUUGCUUUUAAAAAAAGUUACUUGACAAUUUUUUUCCAGACAUUCGAAGUUGUGGAAUAUUUUUUUACUAGGACCAUGCAGUAACAUCAUUUUUAAUCCAUUUGAUUUAGAUUGCUGUUCUCUCUGCAACGAUUAUUAUGAUGGGGCAACCAUAAUUAUCAGCAUUGGACAAUUGUUUCUCGAAAAUGUAUUAUCUUUUCAAGAAAACGGACCACAGAUUAUUUUUUUUGCCAAAGUUAUAAUUUUUCAUGUUGACUCCUCCCUUACACUUGAUUAGGGGCAUUAAACCUCUCCUAAUCUCCCGUAGUAGUUGAAUAAUAGAGAGAUCAGAUACCAAUCUGGUCUGAGUUGACAACAUUACAUCCAUGGAUUGUGAUUUUUAUGCUUUCACUUGUUUCUCUCCUGAUUACAUCCAUGGAUUGGAGCUGUGGUCCUCGUUCUUCAGUUUUAAGUGUAAACUAAUCUCGAAUAUAUAUCCCAAGUAGUCCUUAGGAAUUGCGAUAUGUAGACAAGAACAGGACUAUACAAGAUAAAACAUAGAUCUCUAGGUGCAUAUGGGAUCUAUCCGUCGUAGUAAGAUGUUUUUUUAUUAUUAUUAUCCCUUGUUUCUGCUCAUUUGAUGCUUCAAAUAAAGCUUCUUCUAUGAUCCACGCAUCUUGUAUCAGCUUACAUGACAAAAACAAGUGAAGCAGUUGCCUUGGCUUAUCUCAUCAACAUCUAGCACGCCAGUAUCUUCAGCCUGUGAUCCCGGUAUAGUGCAAGGAAACCGAUUAGGGUCUUAUUUGCCAUAAUUAGAAAAAAUGGUCGUAAUUAUUUGGAAGAUUACCUUAACUUUUGCUGUAUUUUUACCAUCAUCAUGAUCAGUCGAAUCGGUGGGGCUUCUCCAGGACGAUGCCAAGGCAUGCAUUCCAUGACAGAAGGUGUUGCUGCCCUGCGGUCUCCCACCGGAGAGGGAAGGAGACUGA